AUGGCGAUGACCCUAUUGGAAGACUGGUGCAGGGGGAUGGAUGUAAACUCCCAGAGAGCCCUGCUGGUCUGGGGGAUCCCAGUGAACUGUGAUGAGGCUGAAAUCGAAGAGACCCUUCGGGCUGCCAUGCCCCAGGUGCCCUAUCGAGUUCUUGGGAGAAUGUUCUGGAGGGAAGAGAAUGCAAAAGCAGCCCUGUUAGAGUUCACUGGUGCUGUUGAUUAUGCUGCCAUCCCCAGGGAGAUGCCAGGCAAGGGCGGGGUCUGGAAAGUGAUCUUUAAGCCCCCGACUUCUGAUGCCGAAUUUUUAGAGAGGCUGCACCUCUUCCUAGCAAGAGAGGGGUGGACCGUGCAGGAUGUCGCCCGAGUCCUUGGGUUUCAGAACCCCGCUCCACCCCCAGGCCCAGAAAUGCCAGCAGAGAUGCUGAACUAUAUAGUGGAUCAUGUCAUUCAGCCCCUUGUUGAGUCCAUAUGGUACAAGAAGCUGACGCUCUUCUCGGGGAGGGACGUCCCCGGGCCUGGGGAGGAGUCCUUCGAUCACUGGUUCGGCCACGCUCAUGAUGUCAUGGAGGACUGGCAAGUGUCUGAUCUCGAAAAGAGGCGGCGUUUGAUGGAGAGUCUUCGAGGCCCCGCAGCUGAUGUCAUUCGCAUCCUCAAGACCAACAACCCAGCCAUAACCUCCGCCGAGUGCCUCAAGGCUCUGGAGCAGGUGUUUGGGAGCGUCGAGAGCUCCAGGGAUGCCCAGGUUCGGUUCCUGAACACUUACCAGAACCCGGGAGAGAAGCUGUCCACUUAUGUCCUUCGUCUGGAGCCUCUGCUGCAGAAGGUGGUGGAGAAGGGGGCCAUAGAUAAAGAUAACGUCAACCAGGCCCGCCUGGAGCAGGUCAUCGCGGGGGCCAACCACAGCGGGGCCAUCCGGAGGCAGCUGUGGAUGAACGGGGCCGCCGACGGCACGGCCCCCAACCUCUUCCAGUUGCUCGUGCAGAUCCGCGAGGAGGAGGCCAAGGCGGAGGAGGAGGAGGCCGAGGCGGCCCUGCUGCAGCUCGGGCUGGAGGGGCACUUCUGA